AUGCGUUUUCGACACCAUCGAGACCAUCGCGUUUCUGGCUCUCUCCUUCGCAUCUGCAAGGCAGUUUACGCCGAAGCCAGAGCUUUGAUGUACUCGGCCACAUUUGAGCUCGAGAACAUGGAAUACCUCGAACAAUGGCUGAGAACCCUCGGCCCAGGAGCUGCCGACAUACGAGAUAUCAGAUUGACACGGUCAUUCCAAGCAUCCUACGCUCAAAGUUACGGAGUUAAUCUUCCAGUGUGGUACCAGGGAGAUUACAGAGCUACCACCCGGCAGGUUGCCCAACUCCUCAGUGGCUGCCACCAUCUCGAAAACCUGGAGUUGGGCUUCUUGUACACUACAAAGUACCAGACGACGCCCCUCAUCGAGAACAAAGACAACCCCCCGUACUGGAAGAAGGAGGCACGACUUCUUGCCGAGAUGGUGUUUCGCGAUUUGUUCGUCUUGCUAGUAGCGGCUAAGGCUUCCGGCAAGACGGUGGACCAAGUGGCGAGCCUAGCCAAAAUCCACCACAAAAACUUUGAGUGUCUCAAACACCAUCCCUCCAAUGUGGGGAAGGGCAAUGCACAUGGAGAAACACGUUGUCACAUGAAGUUAUUGAUUGCGAAGUACAUCGCAAAUCGAUCACACCCCCGGAAGCCAUCUAUCCCAGCUUUUUUGGCAUAG